AUGAAUCUCUCACACUUAGUCAAGAUUACACCAGUCGCCCGUACUUCACUCGCUUCAAGAGCACUCGACUUUAUUAACCCAAUCACUGGUGAUAUCACUGCCAAGUUUAUCAACAUUGCUGGUAUCUUUGUUACUGGAUAUGGUUUGAACUGUUUGAUCAACGAACACCACGACCACCAAGAUGUCGUAUACCCAUACAUGAAGACCAAGAGCAAGACCUUGGCUCACUUGAAGAACUAA